AUGCCCACCCAAUUGCGGGUCAGAUCAAAUUUUUGGCGGGAAAAUCCUUUGGUCACCUUCUCAGCCCGCGAAAAACAGCUGGAAAAGCGCCAAAUCGACACAAGACCCGAUUAUCUUCAAAGUCUGGCCCGAGAUGGUGUCCAGGCGCUCAUGAGCAAAGUCUGGGACCUUCCAUCACACACAGAAGACAAUGCAGUUUUUGUCAGUCUCCCCAAAACCACCACAAUUCUUCCACGUGAAAAGCCGGUACCCAAAGAGAAAGCGCUAACAAAGUGGGAACAGUUUGCACGAGACAAAGGGUUAACGAAGAAGAAGAAGGACAAGAAGGUCUGGGAUCACAUCUUAAAGAGAUGGGUGCCCCGGUUUGGCAUGAAGAAGGUGCAGGCAGAGAAGGAGAAGAACUGGGUGAAGGAGGUGCCGGGCAACGUGGACCCAUACGAGGACAUGUUCGCCAAGGAGAAGGAGCUCAAGAGGGAGCGCAUUGCCAAGAACGAGUACCAGCGCCUCCGCAACAUUGCCAAGUCGAGGAAGUUGAAAGUACCCAAUGUGGGGGUCACUGGGAAUGACCUUGCUACUAGUAAAGAUCUGGGUGUGGCCAUGCAUCACUCACGAUUUGCAACAGCAUCAAGGGGCAAAUUCCAGCCGACAUUGCCCAACGAACAAGUACCUAAAGGCCUCGGCAAGAAGCGAAAGCACGAACAGACCACAGGUGACGGCCGGGCGGAGAAGAAACGCUAUAUGGAGGUCUUGAAGAAGGUGGAGAAGAAUGAGCUUAACCUGUCCACAGCCGUACACAAGCAGAUUAGAGAAGAAAACAUUGAGGCCGACCUCGCCAAGAAGGGAGGCAAGAAGCAGCUGCGCAGGUCCAAGGCAGGAGGACGCCACAGGACCAGGUCGGACCACCGGGCAUCCAAGCUGGGCAAGGGCAUUCACGAGAGCCGGAAGCAGAAGAUCACCAAGAUCAAGGCCAGGAGGGAGACGGGAGGGCUGGGGCUGGGCAAGGGGCGGCGCUCGGAGAGGACCGGCGGCAAGGGCAAGAAGGGCUAGGCGUUCGGGAGCGUCUCUUGGCCGAGGAUUAUUAUAUACUAAUGUUAGCAUUUUCUGUUUUGGAAAAAAAUAUAUAUAAUGAUAAAAGUG